AUUCUUUCACACACUCUCUCUCUCAAUUCAGUUAUAUUUAUGUCCAGGAUCAGUAGGCGGAAGCACCAAGUUGAUCCAAAUUUCGAUAUAUUGUCAAAGCAGUAAGUCAAAAACACUUCCAUUCCAAUGGCUUCGAUGUCAACUUCUUCGUCCUCUACACGAAGCUCAUCCAUCUUGGAUGAUCCAUCAAAUCCUCUGUACCUGCACCAUGAAGAAAGCCCUGGUGCUAUGCUUGUGUAUCAACUUCUUGUGGGAGAGAAUUACCCAACUUGGGAAAGAACAAUGCGAAUGGCAUUGAUUGCCAAGAACAAGUUGGGGUUUAUUGAUGGCGCAUUGACUCUCUCAUCUCCAAUGGUCAAAACAACAUCCGCAAUUCAAGCUUGGAUUUGCUGCGACAAAAUGGUUACUUCUUGGAUCCUCAAUUCUGUUUCUCAAGAAAUUGCUACAAGCAUUGUCAAUAAGGACUCUGCUCUUGAAAUCUGGAACGACCUUAGGGAAACACUUUCACAAGCAAAUGGAGCACGAGUUUUUGAAUUACAGAAGGAUAUUGCUGGAAUUACUCAAGGUCAAUCAUCAAUUACAUCAUAUUUCACUCAAUUGAAUGUGCUUUGGGAUCAAUUGCAAAAAUUUCGACCUUUUCCAAUGUGUUCUUGUGGAUUUUGCACUAGCAACUUAGGUCAGAAAUUCAAUGAUCUUCAGCAUCAAGAUUUAGUGAUGCAAUUCUUAAUGGGUCUUAAUGACUCCUAUGCUCAAGUUAGGGCACAAAUUUUGUUGAUGGAUCCUCUCCCACCCAUCAACAAAGUGUACUCAUUGCUAAUCCAAGAAGAAAGGCGUUGUAGUGUGGGAAACAAUUCAAGUCCUCAUGUGGAAUCAUCAACCCCAGUUACUGAGGAAUCUUCUUCUUCAGGAAACCAAAAUAACAACUCUAAGGGAAAAGAAAAGUCCACUAGCAAUCACUGUGGAAUGAUGGGUCACACUAUUGAAAAGAAUUCUACUUCUGCUUCUACUUCAUUUACAUUCACUCAGGAGCAAUGUCAACUGUUCUUGGCUAUGUUGGGAACUCAGAUUCAGUCAAGCAAUUUUGCUUUCACUAAUAAUGAAACUCACAUGACCAACAAUGUAAUUCAGCUAGCUGCUCACUCCACUUCUAUGGCAGAAUUUGUAGCCAACAACUCAGAACUUGGUAGUCCAGCAAUUAGUGAAGAAAGAAUUCCAUCACUCGUAGAGUACUCAUUUACCCCAUCAGCUAAGUUGGAGUCUGUUAGUUCUGUAUUGAAUGGAACAAAUCCAAUUCCAGCCAACCACUCUUACACUGAUGCUAAUGGAGCAAGAAGUCUUUCCAUUUCAUUACUCUUCCCACCUGCCAUGUCUGAAAUUGAAACAGAUGAUAGUUGUUCAGAAUCUAAUGAAGCACCUCAUGCAGCAGCACAAUUCUCUAAUUCCAUAGAUAAAUACUUCCCACCAGGUAGGUCUGAAACAGACAGUAGUAGUUCUGAAAUUUAUGAAAUAAUUCCUACUGAUCCUUCCAACACAGCAAGCCCUGGACGUACAGCAACCUUCAAAGAGAUUCUUAAGCCGAAGAGCAGUAAUAAUUCAAAAUCUAACCGAACACCUCCAAAAUUCUCUCAUUCCAAAAAAAAUUCCAUACUGUCAUUAUUUUUUGCAGCCAUGUCACUAACAAACAGGUCCAAAAGACCUAGACACACAAUCCUAACAAGAAGAUUCAAAGACUUGGAAAUUAUAGUUAUAGAUAGGGAAAAAUUUCCUUUGAAAAUGCUACUUGAAGCCACUAACAACUUCUCAGAAGAUUGCAAGAUUGAAACAGAUCGCCAUGGCUCAAUGUACUGUGCCAUUUUAGAUGAUGGCCGAGAAGUGGUUAUUAAGCGUGCAUACAAGGUCCAUGGAUUCCAAGUUGAAUUGGAACUUUUGUCCCGCCUCGAUCACAAGAAUGUUAUUUGCUUAUUGGGAUUUUGUGAAGAUAGUAAGGAUUACUUAUUGGUCUACGAGUACAUGGGAUAUGGUACCCUUCAUCGCCAUCUUCACAAUCCUGAAAGUACUUCUCUAAUGUCAUGGGCUGCCCGGAUUAAAGUGGCACUAGACAUAGCCAGAGGCAUUGAAUACCUACACGUGUAUGCAGGGCCACCAAUCAUACACAGCCAUAUCAUGCUGUCUAGCAUAUUACUUGAUGCCACGUUGACUGCCUAGCUGUGUAAUUUCAACCUAUCUAGGGUUGUCCCCAAAUUGUCUGAUCAUAUCACUGAGACAGUGUUGGGCACCAUUGGUUACGUGGAUCCUGAAUACUUUCUUACUUCACGUUUGACAAUCAGUGCUGAUGUGUACGGCUUUGGAGUAGUAUUGCUAGAAAUGUUGUCCGGACUCAAGGCAAUUCAUACAAAUGAAAAUGGUGAGCGAACCAGAAUAGCUAAUGUUUUAGCGCCAUACAUUGCUGAAAAGAAAAUUCACAGGAUUUUGGACCCAAAAGUACCACCACCUACCCCAUUGGAAAUGGAGGCAUUGGCAAAUGUUGCGUCCCUAGCAUUGGAUUGUGUAAGUGAAGAACGUGUACUUCGCCCCUCAAUGACUAAGGUUGCAAAUAGCAUACAAAGUGCCUUGGAAGGGAUUUUGGAAGGGCAGGUAAUUGCUGACAAUUCAAUUGCAUGCAAUUGUGAAUCAAUAAUUAGUGAUGCGGAAAGUGAAUCGAGAGAGACUGGCAGAAUAUCUUAAGAGAGUUGCAAUGCAAAGAGGGCACAAACGACAGGGAGCGACUCCUUGUUGAGGGAUAUAGGAAAGUUGUUAGGAAUAAUUGUAAUAGCUAAAUCUAUUUAUUGUGUGUUUUU